GAGAGCCCAAGCCGUGCUUUGCCUGUGCGCCGUCUCGUCUCGUGCCCUACUACGCCUCGCCUCGCCUGGCCUCCGUGCUUCCGUCUCACACGCGGCUCCAGACUUCCGAAUAAAAGGGGCAGCCAUGGCCAUGGCGGCGCUGCGGGAGGCCUCCCGCUGCCUGGCGUCCAGGGGGAGCCCUGCGGCCGCGCGAUCCAUGCUCCUCGCGCAGUCGCGCGGCAUCACUUACAAGCUCUUCGUCGGAGGUUUAUCACAAUUUGCAACGGAGGAAAGCCUAGCAGAAGCAUUCUCACGUUACGGACAAGUAAUAGAAGCUACCGUCGUCAGGGAUAAGGUGACCGACAUACCAAAAGGAUUCGGCUUCGUGAAAUUUGCCUCCCCGGAAGAAGCCAAUAACGCGAGGGAAGAGAUGAACGGCAUUGAACGGCCGGGUCAUAUACGUGGACAUCGCAAAGGCCAAACCGGACCGUGCUACAGAUGCUCUCCCAAUAGCGAGAGGUCCUCCUAAGCCAAUUAGCAACGGCUGAUAAAGGAAGGCCCUGGUUUGUAGUUUACAUACUUCCUCAGAUAUGGAUACUCUUAGAUGAAACGUGAAGUGCAAUAUUCUGCAGAAUUUCGAGGUUUUGCUUGAACAUAAAUAAAGUUCAUUUACACAUCCUGGGUACUCGUAACAUGCUUGUCCGGAUGAGAUGCUGUGUGUUUCUUGUCAUGACAGGUGCUGCUUUAAAUCCGUAAUGCCAGCGGCCACGAGACAUCUACUAGUAGAUGUGGUUGCGGAUGGUA